CCUGGGGGCAGCCACGGUUUUCGCCCCUGGGGGCAACCUAACCCUACCUCAGUGGUACGGUUUAGGGACAUAGUAUUCAGCCCCUGCUUCACGCGAUUCGAUAGCUUCAAUCGCUUUCGAAAUUGGAUCCAUGGUGGUGGAGUUAUGACGCGAUGAAGUUGGGACGAUUUCGAUGUUAUGAUGUUCCGGGUCACUCGACCCGCGAACUGGCUCGUUUCGCGCACGGGCACUGUAGCGCCGUUUGCGGAGCCGGCGGUUAAUUGCCAGUCGCCGUUCUUUCAACAAACGCAUCAAAACACAUGCACCUGCAAAGUUUUGAACGACCUGGUCUGUAUCGCUGCUCAUUGAUCAGCUACUUCAAAUACUCUCACGAUGGCUGAAGACGUCAGCAAGGGGCAAGACGAUUCUGAGCUGCCACCUCUCGACGACAGACUCGUUGCAUCAGCAGCUGCAAGUCUUGAUGCUUCUAAGAUUCCCUAUGUCCUCUGGGGUAAUUAUAUGUUAACUAUCUUUGGCAUUCCAACCGUAUUCAAUGGCAUGGACUUCGUCGUUGACGAUGAUUUCAUGGACGCUGCCUAUGACACUCUUCAAGGUGCCGGUUUCAAAAAGUGCAAGUCAGAAGGUUGCAACGGCAACAAAAAACUUUUCUAUGCUCCAACCCCUCACACCCAUCUCCACAUCACCGAAUCCGAACGGCUGGGCCUCUAUAAAAGAUCCGACAUUCUGUGGCGACUCCCAAAUCUAUCAAACGUGGACGGCGAAAGCAUAACUCUAGCAUCUGAUCCUAAUCAACUACCGGGACCAGACAUCCUAGGGAGAAGAGGGCGAUUCCAGCAGGAUCUGCAUCCAGUGCGCGUCCCAACCGUCUCUCAACUAGUUCAGGUACUGCUUUUGCUCGCAAAGAAAGACCAGAAUACGUACGGAGGAUACUGGAUCAAUUGGAUCAGCUACAUAUUGGAAUUCUGCACCGAAAACGGCGUCUUCGAUAAAAGCCGACUGACCGGGAAUUACAAGACCUACAUCAACGCUUUCCUUGAGGGCGAUCACACAUCGAGAGACAAGGCUUUUGAAUGUAUUGGCCUCACAGAGUAGUUGGGCCGUGGAUGGGUGCGAGUCAAAGGAAGAGGGUUACUCCGGCCUCCAUUGUUAUUUUGGUACUCUUAAUCAGAAACUUCAGUUGUUUGACGCCACCGCAUGUAGCUACGAACCGCCCAGAACGACCCUAACAACGAAGCUGGUUAUGCCGGAAAUGCCAUAUUUAAGGAAUCGUUGC